GGACCCAAAGAGGAGGGAGAUGGGGAGACCAGGAGCAGCCAAAUUAAAGAGGGAGGGAAGAGGAGCACACAGCCAUGCUUUAGGAUUAUGAAGGAAACAUACUGUUUAACUAUCUCUGUGUAGGACAGGUCACAUGUUGAAUGUUUGUGGAGCGCCACAGUAGGGAGAUCACAAUUAUCUCAGGGUAUGGACGGCACAGUGGAGCUGCAGUAGAGGUUUGGGUCUUGCAUCCAGGAAGUGUUGACUGAAGAUGCGGGUCAGUGCGUGGCUGCUCUGGGUGUCCUGGUUCUACACCUGGGCAGAGUACACACAGAGGUGCAAGUGCCAAGACAUCUGUCCAACGGAGUCAGGAUUGGACAAGAGGUCAAAGAGCCGGUUCAAGGAGCAUGUUCGUCACGGUGCCGGACACCAGCACACGCCUCACAGGAGCAGGCCACACCGAAAAAAAGGAUUCAGAAUUCAUGCACAGGAGACACUGCCCCGUAUCACCCACCACCCCUCUGAUGUAGUGGUGAAAGCUGGGAAUCCUGCCUCACUCUCCUGCCGGGCAGAUGGCAACCCAAAGCCGACCAUCGAGUGGCUGCGAAACGGGCAGCCUCUGGAAAUGGCAAAGGGAGACGCACAUUUGCAGCCCUUGGCUUUGAUAGAGGGGAGCCUCUUCUUCCUGAGCGUGGGAGAGGGCAGGCGAGGUCAGUCGCACGAGGGCAUCUACACCUGUGUGGCUAGGAACAGUGCAGGCAAGGCCGCCAGUCGUAAUGCAUCGCUGUACAUCGCAGUGUUGAAGGAGGAGUUCAGUGUGCAGCCCAGUGAUGUGGAGGUGGCAGAGGGGGAGGUGGCUGUCUUAAACUGUGAACCCCCAGUAGGACACCCUGAGCCUAAUGUCAUGUGGAAGAAGGAUGGCCUGCCUAUCAACAGCACGGAUCACCGCUACACUGAGCUGAGUGGGAAGCUUAUCAUCGCUCCUGCAGAGAAGAACUACUCUGGUGCUUAUGUGUGUGUGGCCAGCAACACUGUGGGAGUGAGAGAGAGCAGGGCGGCUCGGCUCACUGUGCUGGCUAAGCCUGUGUUGGUGCUGAAGCCAGAAAACGUGUCUGUGAGACUGGGAGAGUCUGCUCAGUUUUUCUGCCGCGCUAAAGGUGACCCCCCGCCUGUUGUGGUCUGGAGCAGAGAGCAGGGGCCACUGCCCAACGGCAGGUAUCUUGUAAACCCCGACCAGACUCUUCAGAUCCACUAUGUGUCAGCCCAGGAUGCUGGGAUGUACACCUGCACUGCUGUUAAUGAUGCAGGUGUGGUCACUGCCAGCGCACAGCUACUAGUUGACGAGGCUACCAGCACUAAACAGAGAGACCUCCACAAAGAGCUGUCAGCCCUGCGAGUUGCUCUGGAAAAUGUCACCAUCAUGGCCCCUGGCUCUGACAAAUCACAAGUACAGUGGAAGCUCCAGUCCCUCCCAGCUCAGCCUCAUUACCUCGAUGGCUUUGAGGUUCUCUACCGCUCUCUGCUGCCUGCCAGCUCAGACUGGGCAGCAAAGAAGGUGACACUGCCCAGCUUCCAGACUCAGGUGGGCCCCUUAAAGAGAGGCUACAAGUAUGAGUUCAAAGUUCGGCCCUAUGGCAGCAAUUUGUAUGGGAGGGAGAGCAACACCCGGCACCUCAGAGUCCCUGAGACAGUGCCCAGUGCCUCUCCUCUGGCUGUGUCCAUAACAGUGAGCCACGAGCAGAACAACACUAUCCAUUUGAGCUGGGAGCCUCCUCCUCAUGAAACCCACAAUGGCAUCAUACAGGGCUACCAGGUAUGGUGUGUGGAUUCUGAGGAGCAGCUGUACCAGAACUGGACAGUGGAUAGUGGCAAACACAAGCUUGAUAUCUCUACUCUCAGACCAGGGAAACAAUACUGGAUCACCAUAGCAGCUGUCAAUGGAGCUGGAGUCGGAAUAAUGAGUGACCCUCAUGGAUUUGUCAUCAAUCCACAAAAAGGUAGUUCCUCUGAGUCAGACAGCCAGAGACAGGAUCUGUCUCAGGUCUUGGCACUGCUUCAGGACCCUGUGGUGAUCGGCAGCAUUGGUGCCCUCCUGUGGUGCAUUCUGAUGGUUGCAGCUGUUUGCCUCUUCAGACGCCACAGCAGGACAGGCCACCUGAUACCAGGAUGUGGCAGGGGUAAAGGUUUGCACAGACUAGCCAGUGAAGAUCUCAUCAUAAAACACAGGAUGGUAGCUCCAGACUCCCCUUGGAUCUCUGGAGGCUGGAGACCUGCCUUCAGCCAGAAGUAUCAGGAUUUAUGGGCCCAAGGUCAGAAACAUCCAGGGAUCAGGAGCACCAGCCUCCCUGUGUCCUGGAAGGACCCCAGCUGUGUGGACUCAGCUGUCCCAAUUGUGACUGACAGCUGCGGCGUGUAUGGCACUUUUUACGUGGACCUGAUGGGCAAUGGCCUCAAGACCUUCAACAGUCCCGGGCGUUGCCCUAAAAUGCCUCAUGGUCCUCCCCAUCCACAUGGAGCUGAGACCAUUCCAAUAUUCCCUCAGCCUGUUGCAAAGACCUCACCCCUCAGUAGCCGGGAGAUGCUACCAUGGAAACAGGCCAUACGUCCCCAGCCCAGGAUGGGUGUACUGAGGGAGUCAUGGGAAAAAAACCACGGCAAGCAAGAGCUGCAUGCAGUGAACAGUGUCCCCAUAGUGCCAACCAGGAACCAUGCUUGUCCAUCCAGUGUCUACAAACAGAGGCUCAGUCACAUUCCAUCAGGCCGCCACGGUGGACAUUCAGAGUGUGAUAAAGUUACUGGCUGUCCUCGCCUGCUGCAUUACUCUGCAUCAUUUCAUCUACUGGACAUGCUGCCCCCCCCACCACCAAUGCCCAUAGAGGACACCACAGACACACACAGCCUCAGCUCAGACGAAGGCUCCAGUCGUUCUACAAAGUUAACAGUGGACAUGGGCUCUCUGCAGUCAGUGUGUGCUGCGUCAGGCCACCGUGGGAAACCAGGACCCUCCACUAACAACAGCAGUUUCCCUUCCUACAGCCACCUGUCUACAUCAUAUUCAAUGAAUGAUGAACAGGGUGGCACAUUGACAGCACAGGAAGCCACCCAGUAUCUGGAGCUCAGCCCUAAACCUGAGAGAUGCAGCGCCCUGCCUCAACAGCAUCCGUCCCUGCCAAACCCGUUCUCCCCCACCCUGGGCUAUAUCUGUGGGACUGGCCUCUCCACUCAGCUGGAGGAUGACUCCACCAUCGAUGACCCUGAGGUGCCACCAAUCGGCUUGCGACAUGCCCGCCUCCAGAGCACACCUUCCUCCUGCUACAGUGAAUGGGACAGCUCACUGUGGAACACCUGGAGCUCAGCAAUGGACAGCAACAUGGCCAGCGCUCGCACCAGCCUCAUCAGCUCGGUGGACAGCUGCUAUACUAAUGACAGCGCCAACUUUGCCUGCUUGCUGGCUGCGGCAGCAGAUACCAUGAGUGGGGCCUCUUUGUCAGACUUCUCUCCACCGGCCUCCCCCCUCAGCACCUUGUAUCCGUCAUUUCGUGCAGACGGCGACUCGUACGGCGAGCUGGAGCCUGUUCCUGCAUGGGACUGGAGCAUGGCGUGGGUGGAAGAAAUGGAGGCUCAGUACAGAGCUCACUAUCCUGGCAGAAACACCAAACCCUUUGACACUUAGGGGACUCUGCCAGGAAGGUAAAAGAUACAACGUAACUAAAUUUUUAAAAACUUCAGAAACACCUCUCAGCAGUGCCAGAUCUGCAGGACAAGACGGGACAGACAUGACACUGAAACAGUUACUGGUGUUGGAGAGUUCUGGAAUUUUGAGGUCUGAAUAAUUCAGGGUUUGAUGUGUAGCGAUUUCCCUGUCAGGAAAAGGUAAAUAUCUGGAUCUGAAAAAUAAUUGGAGCCAACGCCUUGAUGUUUCAGAUGCCUCUGCUCGUAGAUGCAUGCCUGUUGUUUGUCUGUAAUAGUUUUCCCAGUUUACCUCAGGGCCGUCCAGCUACUAUUUUGCAUCCUUCAAAUGACUUCCAUUGAGAUUCUAAAGUUUUCUUCCCUCUCUGUAUCCUUCCCGCUCAUUAGAGAAUAGGAUAAUGAGAUACUUCCCUCGGGAUCUUCUCACCCAGUGUAUUUUGAAAAGGCCAGAGAGACACAGAGACAGGAUUCGAGACAGUGAGAAAGCAGUCAUUAGGCAGAAGAAAUACAGCACCAGGGUUUUCCUCACAGCACAUGUUUGUUUCUUAUUUUUUCAUGUUUGUUGCAAAAUUUUAUUAGGGCUGAAGUCCUACCAAAUAGAGCUUCACUUAGGGAUUCUGUACAGACUGUUUUACUGAUCAAGUGUAUAUAUACAGCAUAUUCAACAAAUGUUAUUUAAAGAAUUUAAAACAUUCCAAAUCAUUUACUGUCUUCCUAAUUGUUUGGUGAUUUCUUUUAUAUUUUGGGAAUUUUUUUAGAUUUUUUUUUUUUUUUUUUUAAA